AUGAGACUUUCGAUACCUGUACUUUACGGGGCGGCAGAGACCGAGGAUGGCUCGCUUUCAAUUCAGCCCACCCAUACCGCUUCCUGGCACUCUCGCGAGCCGUCUACCUCGACCGCCGGAUCGUCUCGCCGAGUAGCCUUCGCUUGUGCCGACAACACCAUCUGGAUCACCUCGCUAUCUGGGGCGGCUGCGUCAGGUGGCCCUGUAUCGCCAGAUAUUGGCACAGAUUCUGUUCCGCAAAUCGUCAUCCCGCCGACGAGGGCUCCUUCCGGAGGCAGUCGGACACCCACCGCGAGUCGACUCUCCCGUCCGGUCGUACCGCGCUCGUCAUCCUUUGCGGGCCGCCACCGAGCUACUUCAUCGGCUUCAUCUAUUCUCUCGUCUUCGUCACGUCGACGUUCCUCGGCCCUCUCACCUCCUCCCAUCGCAAGCCCAAUCGCUUCCGUCUCGACCACCACCGCUCUCGCGGACCCUCACGCCGGCCAUGAUCACCGGACGUCCCUUUCGGACCGGACGGAUCUGCUGGGUCAUCUUCGCGAGCAAAAGGCAUCAGGUGUGACGCAAGAUGAUGGGCGGCUGGGUCUGGGAAUAGCUGGAUUGGGACGAAGAGGUCUACCAGGGGUACACAGCAAGGAGGAUAUCGCAGAGCACUCGGGGGCGGUUUCGCCGAAAUCUGCGAAGUCGGCCGAGUCGGGACGGACAAUUUCGACAAGGUUGAUGGGGUGGAUGGGCGCCGACGAGAAUACGGAAGAGAAGGACCGGAACGAGUUGAUGGAAAGGGUGGCUGAAGUCGAGGUUGAGCGGGAGAUGAUUCGGGAGGUGGAGGAGGACAAGCGGGAGGCUGAGGACGAGAAGAUCAUACAAGAGGCGAGGAGGACUCCUCUGCGAACACCGAGACUGUCUAGCGGUCCUGAGGAUGGGACGAGGCGGACCGGAAGAGUGACGCGCAUCGUACUGCGGGAAACCGCCCGAGGGAAGGUGGUACAGCUCAAAGUGGACGAGGAUCUGGGCGUACUACUGGUACUGAGGGAUAUUGGACUGCUAGAUGUCAUCUCACUCGUAACCCUCGAAGUGACCGACGCGAUCGAUGUCGAAGCGCCAGAAGUUUCAACAAAGCAGAAGUUUCGCUUGCCGCCUUUCUGGCACUGGCAGGGCAUCAAUAUCCUGCAGCACGACAAUGAGUCACUCAUUCUGAUCCAUGGACUGCCGUGGCCGUGCGGUCUGCCGAGUCCGAAUGGGGAGGUCACCCAUGUCGUCACGCUUCGUCCUAGUAGGACAGGUAUACUGGAGGUAGUGUCUCGCCUGGACCUGCCUGGGCUGGGCGAUAUCGGAGCGACCAGUAAUGCUGCCGGCUCCUUCAUCCUUCGCUCAACACCUACCGCGAUCACCUCUUAUCCCAUCACCUCGCCCGCAGCUCUUGCUUCCGCGCCUUUGACUUCAUCUGCCCAGCUGCGGAACCCCCAACCUCGCUCCGUCUCAGCUGCCACCCCCGGCACUUCCAGUCGACCGUCAACACCUGCACCGGGAUCACUCCUUCCUCCUGGAGAUGCACAACAGCUACGCAAGGUCAAAUCGACUGUCCAGCUUCGGGACGCUGCCGAUCAGCCUUCGGUCCAUCCCACAGAAUCGAAGACGGAAGAGCGGUCGCUGGCAAAGUUCUUGGCGCAGAGACGGGUCGGAAAGGAGGAGAAACUGAGUACGCCGGAUCUCGCUGUCGGGUGGGGUAUCGGAGAAGGGAGAGAGCUUGAAGUUGCUGGCGGGUCUGGCUGGAGCAAGGUGGACGUCCUUACCAGCGGUCUUGGAACAUUUCUCUAUGAUGGUCAAACUAUCCGGAUCGACCAACAUAUCGACAACCCCAAGACUGGCCCAAUUGUACAAGCUGCGCUUCUUGCGGAGGACGUUCUCAUGCUCCGUAACGAGACUACCACAUUACUAUACCGGUGUUCCGAGCGUGAUAGCUCUCCCCAAUCUUCCAACUGGGAACAGGCUCAUCAACUGGACAGCAAAAGGAUCGUGUGCUCUGCUGGCUCAGGAGCCCUGCUCUGCGCCGACGCCGAGGGUGCGGAUCUGCUCAUCUUGGGCCGAGACGGCUCAGUCGACAAGCAGAGGGUCCACAGCUUCCAACAGCCAUCGACAUCAGCGAUCUCAGCCAUCACGCCGCACAAUCUGGAUUCCUGCUUCGUCGCUGAUCCUGCUGGCAAUGUCACGAAGCGACGUUUAUUGCACGUUCUCGACGGCAAAUCUACGGCCGGUACCGACUCGCUCUCGGCCGAUCGCCUUGACUCGCGCAUCACGUGCCUGAAGCUAAUCCAAAGUGACCCGCCUUACCUUGUCGCGGGUGAUGAGGAUGGCGCGAUCCGAAUAUGGGACGCAGAGACUUUCGAGCUGCAAGGAAGCUGGACGCUGUUCGCUUUCCCUGUACAUACCAUCACGCUCCUGGCCGAUCCUAAGUAUGGGAGCUUGGGCGGCUGCGUAAUGUGUACCUCGCAGGCGGGCACAGUCGGCCUGAUAUCCCUAGCGGAGAUGGAGCAGCUUUUCCUCAUUCCAGCUUCUCGAGUACCGCUUCGCCGGGUCUACAUUGGCGGGAAGGAUGUCAUGCUGGCGUACGCGAAUGGCAAAGCUCGGGUGUGGAACUAUGAGACGCAAGAGUUCCGGCGGUCGACUGGUUUGGACGCCGCCGAGGACAUGCUGAACUCUGGCGAGUGGGCGAUGGUCGACUUGGACGCUCUCAGUACCGCUCGGGAUGGCCUCUCUGCGGCGAAGACCACUCUGCCUGUCGAGUCUGAUCUAGGACGGCUACUCGAGGUCGAUGUCCGAGCGCUCUGUACCACACUGCAAUCUUCCCGGAAUACGAUGUCCACUAGUCCGCUCGCAACGCUCCGCACGAUACUCUCGAUUCUCAUACCUUUCGGUGUUGAUGCGGAGAUGGACCGGAUAUGUCAAGAGGGACUGGGUAUCAACCCGCCCUCGGAUCGUGUAGCGUUUGGUAUCACUAGCCCGACAGGAUCGUACUCGAUCCCGGACGCAGACAAGGCGGAGGUGUGGCGAAUCUCGGCAGAAUCAACUGGGAAGCUCCAGCUUGCUAUCGUCACGCUAUUGCGUCCGUUCCUUGACUCUCUCGAUCAUGAGCGGUCGGCGGCCCAGCUAAUUGCUUACUUUACCGCGUCCCUGCCGGAGGGAUCGAUCCCGGCUGGUCUGCCCUUCUUCGCUGCGUUCUACCUCGAUUAUAUCGCCGAUAUUCAUCAGGCCGCGCGUAUGCUCUUCGGCUCGCAAAUGGAUGGGAUGGCCGAAGCGGACUUUGAGGCUGUGGUGGAUGCGCACCUACCUGAAUUGCCGAGCUUCUUGCCUUCUGCGGAUCAGCAUCUCAAGGCUGCGGACCUGGCUUUGACGAUGCUGGGCGGUAUGGCACUGCACAAGUAUCAGUCCAUGACUCCCGCUGCACUCAAAGCCAUCGCCGAGAGCAUCACCAUCUACCUUAAUUCCACUAUCCCCUCUCACCUCUCUCUCGCCAUCGAACUCGCUUCGAAAGGUUUCACGACCUGGCAAGCCUUUGUCGAUCCCGCCGAGAUGCUCCGCCGUCUCUUCCUCCUCUCCACCUCCAAUCCCAGUACCUCGACCUCACAAGGCAGCCAGAUAUCCGCUCAAGCUCGACUGGCGGUCCUGCACGUUGCGUCGAGCAAUCCCGCUCUCUUCAUGAGCACCUUAUCGAUGGAUAUCCUGGACGCUAAGUCGGUCGAGGGGCGAAAGAGCAUCAUGAAGCUGUGCGUGUACAUGGCGCGGAAGCGGCCACAGGUGCUCGAGAACAGCUUGCCGAAAGUGGUGGAGGCGGUAGUGAAGAGCCUGGACCCAAAUGUGGGGAAGAUGAGGGAGGAUGUGCAGCAGACUGCGACGGUCAUUCUGAAUGAGCUCGUUUUGGCCUUCUCUACCGUCGACUUCCACAGCUCCACCCAGAAGCUGGCGGUCGGUACGCACGAAGGCGCACUGAUCAUGUAUGACCUCAAGACCGCUUCCCGACUCUACAUCCUCGAACCGCACAAACAUCCCGUCUCCGCCGUCAACUUCAGUCCGGAUGGAAGGCGGCUCAUCACCGUCAGUCUGGAAGAAGGCGGAUUGACGGUCUGGAAGAUUGGGAGUAGCUUGAGCGGGUUCUUCAAUGUUGGUGGACCGCCGAGGCAGGGCGCGGUGAAGGCUGGGGAGCCAUUCAAGCGGAUAGAGUUUGCCAGGGCGGACAACGUCCCCUUGGACUCGACAUCUGCGCUGAGCGAUGUGCAGAUCUCUUGGCCGGGAAUGCGGCAAGCCAAGGUGCUUAUCAAGGAGACGGCGAUGACCUUCGAAACUUAG